AGGUGAAAUAAAUAAAUAAAAUGUAAAAAAAAAAAAACCUUCAGCUGGGCACCCACCCCACCCCCCAAGGACACACCCCGACCCUCAGCCAAAGACCCCACCCUCACACACACAGCCACUCCAACCCAACCCAGCUGAGCUCAGUGUAUCCGGUAUAAGUUUGAACUUUGUAUGCAAAUGAAUAAAAUGCUUGGAUAAUUGUUUGUAUACACUGCUGGGAAUGAAAUAUUAUAUUUGAUCAUUUGUAUGUAUUCAUAUUAUGUAUAAUCCAUUAUCAUUAUGAACGUGAUUGGAUAGUAUUUAUGCACUACUAGUAGGUUCAUCUGACAUUGACAACAUUUGAUAUGGAGAAUAUUUUGUCAUUAAUCAUUUACAUUAUUUUGUUCUGAGUGUGGCAGAAACAUGCAACUCUAAGUGCCAUGACAAAAGGAACGCUGUUUGCACUAUGAGUCUAUUUAGGGCCACUGGUAAGUGCGUUAUCAGUUUUACCAAGUGCAAUACCAAAUAUACCGAGCUAGCACUGCAGGCCUACAAGUUUACAAUGAACAACAAGCUGUCACGUAUCACCAGGCAGCCUGCUCCCAUCUGCCUAGUUACAGUCAAGCAUGCAUUCUCUCACCCUCUCACGUGUGCGCGAAACGCCACCGCAUUGGUCAUUUCAGACCGGGGAGUGUUUUUGUUAUAAUUCAGGAAGAACACUACUCAUUUCAAAAAUAGUUGGGGAUUUUUGUCAGAAUUACAUUAUUUUCAAAGGAAAUUAUUAUAAUCCUGAGCACUAUCGAGUGUGGAUAGCGAGCUCCUGUGUUGAGCAAAUAGAUACACUUCCCAUCACCUGCCAAUCAAUCACCAUUCCAGCCCAGCCACCCCACCUGUGUGGUCGGACCAGGUCUGGCCCGUUGGCAUGGCGAUGAUGGAGGAAGGGGCACGGAGCUGCCUGCUUCAGUCACGCUCCAGCCUGGAGCAGGACAUCAGGGCUUCCUACCUGAUGGAUCACAUGAUCAGUGACGGUGUGCUGACGGGGGACGAGGAGGACAGGAUCAGGAGCAAGCCCACCAGGAAAGAGCAGGCGGCGGCCCUGCUGGAGCUGCUCCUGAGGAAGGAUAACCAUGCCUACAUCUCCUUCUACAACGCCCUGGUCCGCGAGAGCUACGGAGACCUGGCCAGCCUGCUCCACAACAGCCUGCCCCUGGUCUCCCCCGAGGCUGAGAAGAGCUUCUCAGACGGUGGCACCCGCUAUGUCCAGGCGGUGCUGAGUGAGGGCGGCGUGCCCCAGAGACCCGUGGUGUUUGUGAGCCGGCCAGCCCUGAUGAACCGGGUCAGGGAGAAGCUCUACCACUUGCAGAAGGAGCCUGGCUGGGUCACUGUGUUCGGCAUGGCCGGCUCCGGCAAGUCUGUCUUGGCUGCGGAGGCAGUCCGAGACCACGCACUCAUCACAGAGUGUUUUCCGGGAGGAGUCCACUGGCUGUCCGUAGGCCAGCUGGACCGGUCUGACCUGCUGGUUAGGAUCCAGUCACUGUGUUUCCGUCUGGAGCAGCAGAGCCAGGAGAAAGACCCCUCGUCCUCCCUCCACCGGCCUCCUGGCUCUCUGGAGGAGGCCAAGGAGCGACUACGCUUCCUCAUGCUCCGUCGUUACCCCAGGUCGUUGCUGAUACUGGAUGACAUCUGGGACAGCUCGGUGCUCAAGGCCUUUGACAUCCAGUGUCGAGUACUGCUCACCACCCGAGACAGAAGCCUAGCCGACUGUGUCAGCGGUUCUAAGUCUGAGGUGGCAGUGGAGAGUGGUCUGGAGGAGGAUCAGGCCUUGGAGAUCCUCGCCCUGUAUGUCAACGGGAAACCCCAGAGACUCCCAGAACAGGCCCGCAGCAUUGUCAGAGAGUGCAAAGGCUCUCCCUUGGUGGUGUCCCUAAUCGGGGCCCUGCUGCGGGAGUUCCCAGACCGCUGGGCCUACUACCUGCACACUCUUCAGCAGAAGAAGUUCAAGCGUAUCCGUAAGUCGUCUUCGUAUGACUACGAUGCCCUUGACCAGGCCAUGGCUGCCAGCAUCCAGGUCCUGUCUGAGGAACACAGAGAGCGAUACAUUGACCUCACCGUGCUGGAGAAGGACGUCAAAGUACCUGCCAAGGUUCUGUCGGUUCUGUGGGAUCUAGAACCGGAGGAGGUGGAGGAUGUUCUCCAGGACUUUGUGAACAAGUCCCUACUGUUCCGUGACUGUCACCACCGGCCCUACCUCUACUACCUCCACGACCUCCAGCUGGACUUCCUGGCUGAGAUGAACCGCUCUGGUCUAGAGAGCCUCCACACCAAGGUGGUGCGUCAGUACCAGCAGCGCUACAGCCAGGGUCCCCCCACCUCAGGAGAUGAAGAGUGCCUUUACUGGUUCAGAUUCCUCACCUACCACAUGGCCAAGGCCAACCUCACACAGGAGUUGUGCUCUCUGAUGUUCUCUCUGGACUGGGUCAGAACUAAAGCUCAGAUUAUGGGACCGGCUCAUCUCAUCAAUGACUAUGUUGAGUACGGAGCCAUCCUGGACAAAGAGAACAGCGAGGUGCGGGGCCAAUUCCAGGAGUUCCUGUCUCUGAACGGCCACCAGUUGGAGCAGCGUCCGUUCCCUGACGUAGUGCAGCUGGCCCUGUCCCAGCCAGACUCCUCUGAGGUGUACCGCCAGGCCCUGCUGCAGGCGCAGGAGAGGGCCACCAGAGGGGGACUCUACCUUGACUGGGUGAACAAAAGUAGUCUGAAGAGCCUGUCUCGUCUGGUGGUCCAGCCCCACCAGGGAUCCAUCUACUCUGCCUGCUUCUCCCACGACGGCACCAAGAUCGCCUCCUGUGGCUCCAGCAAGACACUGCGAGUGUUUAAGAGCACGUCUGGGGAGAAGAUGCUGGAGAUCCAGGCCCACGACGAUGAGGUGCUCUGCUGCGCCUUCUCCCCGGAUGACCGUCUCCUAGCAACCUGCUCCAGUGAUAGGAAGGUCAAGGUUUGGAACGUGGAGCGUGGGACUCUGAUGAGGGUGUUUGAGGACGAACACGAGGAGCAGGUCAACCACUGUCAGUUCACCAACACACGCCGACGCCUCCUACUGGCCACCUGUUCCAACGACAAGUUCAUGAACACCAAGCUGUGGAACAUCAAUAAACCCUCUUCCCAGAACACCAUGUUUGGUCAUUUGGAGCCUGUCAAUCACUGCUGUUUCUCCCCUGAUGACGCCUACCUCUCCACCUCUUCCAGCGACGGAACCCUGAAGCUGUGGGAGGUGUCCUCGGCUAAUGAGUGGAAGUCCAUAGACGUGGCGGACAUGUUCUCGGAGCAGAGAGAGCAGACGGAGGUCAUGGUGAAGUGCAGCACCUGGUCAGCAGGCGGCAGGACCAUCAUCUGUGCUGCCAGGAACGCAGUCUUUGUGUUUGAUGUAGAGGCGGCGGCCAUGUUGUUGGAGAUCCGGACCAGUCGUCUGAGCACGGUGCAGUACUGUCACGCCUGCCCCAGCAGCAACCUGGUGGCCAUCGCACUGUCACACUAUGCUGUGGAGCUGUGGGACAUAGAGACCAGUAAGAAGAUGGCUGACUGUAGUGGUCAUCUGAGCUGGGUCCAUGGAGUCCAGUUCUCCCCUGACGGAUCUCUACUGCUCUCCUGUUCUGACGACCAGACCGUCAGGGUGUGGGAGACUAAAAAAGUCCACACCUCAUCAGCUGUCUGUUUGAAGAGGGAUUCUGACGUGCUCUUUAACAACGGUGACAUUACCGUGGUCGCCGCCGACAACCGCAACAGACUGCAGGUGAGGAAUGGGAGGACCGGAGCGGUGAUGUUCCAGUCAGAGAACCAGGAGUCUCGUAUCCGCUGCACUGCUAUCUGCUCACAGACCUCAGCCGUGGGGCUGGGACGAGAGGAUGGGACUAUACAGGUGUUGGAGGUGCCGUCGGGGACCUCUCUAGCCACUCUUCAGGGUCACACCAGGACAGUUCUCCACUGCCAGUUCACCCCGGAGGGACACACACUCAUCACCUCCUCUGAGGACACCACCAUACGGGUGUGGAGGUGGAGGACAGGUGAGUGUGUGGUUCUGGAGGGCCACAAGGAGCAGGUCAGAUGCUUCUCUCUGCUCACCACCACACCCUCCUCAGAGACACAUCUCCUCAGCUGGUCCUUUGACGGCACCAUCAAGGUGUGGGACAUGUCUAGUGGUGAACGGCUACAGGACCUAGUGUGUCACCAGGGGGCGGUGCUAGCCUGUGACGUGUCGCCUGAUGGACAGCUCUUCGCCACCACUUCCGCUGACAAGACUGCCAAGGUGUGGAGCAGUGCAUCGUGGGAGUGCGUGCGCCUGUUGACCGGCCACCAGGACUGUGUCCGCAGCUGCCGCUUCUCUUGGGAUGGCCGGCGCCUAGCAACCGGCGACGACAACGGAGAGAUACGGCUGUGGAACGUGAAGGAUGGUACUCUGCUUAAGAUCUGUUCCCGUGACAACAAGGACGCCAUGGACUCUCUGCAUGGAGGCUGGGUGACCGACCUGCACUUCUCCCCAGACAACACUGUGCUGCUGUCUACAGGAGGAUACAUUAAGUGGUGGAACGUGGAGAAAGGAGAGGCCCUCCAGACCUUCUACCCGACAGGAGCCAAUCUGAAAAGGAUCCACGUGUCACCUGACUUCUCCACCUUCGUCACCAUCGACAAUAUCGGAAUCCUCUACAUCCUGAAGAAGGUGGAAUGAGGAGGCAUAGCUCAUUAGUCUAAAGUGGUUUCCUUAUAGCUCAUUAGUCUAAAGGGGGCGUAGCUCAAUAAUGGAAAUAAUUCUCGUCUCCUCUCCUUGCAUUGAUCUGAAAGAGCCAGACAGGUGAGAGCCAAUGUCUGUUAGUCAUCUGCCAUGUUGCUUUAGCCUGCGUUCUCAGAUUAGAGUAGGAGAUCUGCUAAAGGACAAUCAUUUCUCCUGCUCUGCCUUCUGCAUGCCAUAACAGUCAAACAAUCACAUUAAAUACAUCAUUUCUCCUGCUCUGCCUUCUGCAUGCCAUAACAGUCAAACAAUCACAUUAAAUACAUCAUUUCUCCUGCUCUGCCUUCUGCAUGCCACAACAGUCAAACAAUCACAUUAAAUACAUAAUUUCUCCUGCUCUGCCUUCUGCAUGCCAUAACAGUCAAACAAUCACAUUAAAUACAUAAUUUCUCCUGCUCUGCCUUCUGCAUGCCACAACAGUCAAACAAUCACAUUAAAUACAUAAUUUCUCCUGCUCUGCCUUCUGCAUGCCACAACAGUCAAACAAUCACAUUAAAUACAUAAUUUCUCCUGCUCUGCCUUCUGCAUGCCAUAACAGUCAAACAAUCACAUUAAAUACAUAAUUUCUCCUGCUCUGCCUUCUGCAUGCCAUAACAGUCAAACAAUCACAUUAAAUACAUAAUUUCUCCUGCUCUGCCUUCUGCAUGCCACAACAGUCAAACAAUCACAUUAAAUACAUCAUUUCUCCUGCUCUGCCUUCUGCAUGCCACAACAGUCAAACAAUCACAACAAAAUACAUCAUUUCUCCUGCUCUGCCUUCUGCAUGCCACAACAGUCAAACAAUCACAUUAAAUACAUCAUUUCUCCUGCUCUGCCUUCUGCAUGCCACAACAGUCAAACAAUCACAUUAAAUACAUCAUUUCUCCUGCUCUGCCUUCUGCAUGCCACAACAGUCAAACAAUCAGAACAAAAUACAUCAUUUCUCCUGCUCUGCCUUCUGCAUGCCACAACAGUCAAACAAUCACAUUAAAUACAUCAUUUCUCCUGCUCUGCCUUCUGCAUGCCAUAACAGUCAAACAAUCACAUUAAAUACAUCAUUUCUCCUGCUCUGCCUUCAGCAUGCCAUAACAGUCAAACAAUCACAUUAAAUACAUCAUUUCUCCUGCUCUGCCUUCUGCAUGCCAUAACAGUCAAACAA